AUGUCGAAGCCAGAUUGGAUCCAGGUCGGCGCGCCGACUCUCGACCACCCCUUCGGCCUCCACCUAUGGCCCAUUUUCGAGAAGGCCUUCGAGUCGGUCAAGGGCUACAAGCCGCAGGACUUCCGCUUCGUCCAGGACGAGACACCUUUGUCGACGUUCAAGUCCUGCGUCAUAAUGCUGGUCUCUUACUACAUCAUCAUCUUCGGCGGCCGCGAGGUCAUGAAGAGCUACCCCGCGCUGAAGCUCAAUGGCCUGUUCAAGAUCCACAACUUUUACCUGACCGCCAUCAGCGGCAUUCUGCUGGUGCUGUUCUUGGAGCAGCUGAUCCCGGAGCUCGUGCGCAAUGGCGUUUUCCAUGCCAUCUGCAGCCAUGAAGGUGGUUGGACCGACAAGCUGGUUAUCCUCUACUACCUCAACUACCUCACCAAGUACCUCGAGUUUAUCGACACAAUGUUCCUGUUCCUGAAGAAGAAGCCAUUGACCUUCCUCCACACCUACCACCAUGGCGCGACCGCCCUCCUUUGCUACACCCAGCUGAUCGGCCACACUUCUGUUUCUUGGGUUCCGAUUACUCUGAACCUGACUGUACACGUGGUCAUGUACUGGUACUACUUCCAGAGCGCACGUGGCAUCAGGAUUUGGUGGAAGAAAUACAUCACCAUCAUGCAGAUUCUCCAGUUCGUUCUGGACCUUGGCUUCGUUUACUUCGCUUCCUGGACCUACUUCACCUCCACCUACUUCGAUUGGCUCCCCAACGCCGGCAAGUGCGCGGGCGAGGAAUUCGCAGCCUUCUCCGGCAUCGCCAUCCUUACUUCGUACCUCUUCCUCUUCAUCGGCUUCUACAUUGCCACCUACAAGAAGCCUGUUCCGAAGGGUCGUGGCCGCGCGAAGAGCGCUCUCGUCGAAAUGAAGGACGAGAAGGUUCCCACCGUUGGCGCUGUCCGCCGCCGCCUUAGCGGUGCGUCGCAGUCGAUUGCCAACGGCUACGUCUCGCCUGCGGCUGCGGCCACGCCCAACGGCAGGGUGACGCGCUCGCGCAAGGCAUAA